AUGCUUCCUUCUCUGUCGGAAUUGAGAUUGCGAGGUUGUGAGCUUCACAACUUGCCUCACUCUAUACCAAACAUAAAUUUCACUUCCCUUUCCGUCCUUGAUAUCUCUGAUAACAAUUUCAACUCUUCAAUACCUCAAUGGUUGUUAAAUAGAAGUUCCCUUUUGCAAAUAUAUCUUUCUAGUAGUUAUAUGAAGACCUCUGUUUCUGAUAUCCCAUGGGGAAACCUCUGUAACUUGAGAACUUUAGAUUUAUUCGAAAAUCAAAUUAACGGAGACAUAAGUGAACUUAUAGGGGGUUUGGUUGAAUGCAGCAACAGUAGCUUAGAAGAUUUAUGGUUAGGAAAUAACCAAGUUAGUGGACAGUUGCCAGAUUAUUCACUAGCACGCCUUCAGAACUUAAGAUACCUUCUACUUUUUAUUAACUUAAUCUUAGGCCCAAUCCCAGCAUCAAUUGGAAGGUUGUCCAAAUUGGAGAUGUUAGACCUCUCUUUUAAUCAAAUGAAUGGGUCCAUACCAGAUGGCAUCGGAAAACUUGCAAACUUAAACUUCUUGUUACUUGAUAACAAUUACUGGGAAGGUGCUCUCUCCCAAAAUCAAUUGCAAGGUCUCACAAAAUUGCAGAGUUUCAGAAUAUCAUCGUCGAACAAAAGUUUAAUCUUCAAUAUGAGCCGCGAAUGGGUUCCUCCUUUUAGCCUAACAGAAAUCACAGUCCGGAACUGUCGAUUGGGUCCCAGAUUUCCAGCAUGGCUAAGUGAUCAAAAACGACUUUCUUAUAUAAGGCUCACAAACGUUGCCAUUUCAGAAACAAUACCUUAUUGGCUUUGGGAGUUAUCUCCGCAGAUUUUUUGGUUAGAUCUUUCUUGUAAUUGGAUACAUGGAGUGCUUCCUAAUUCAUUAGUAUUUUCUAGAGCGUAUCUAGUGGAUUUAAGUUUCAAUUGCUUAGAGGGUUCACUCCCAGUUUGGCCUAAUGUGUCACAUCUCCUCUUGGCAAACAAUUUAUUUUCAGGAUCAAUUCCCAUGAACAUCGACCAAAUGAUGCUGUCAUUGGAAGUUGUUGAUUUAUCUGGGAACUUCCUAAAUGGUAGCAUCCCAUUGUCCGUAGGUUUAUCCGGAAACAAUUUAUAUGGUGAGAUUCCAAGUUCAAUUUGCUCACUACCAGUGCUUUUUUGGUUAAAAUUAAGCAGCAACAAUCUUUCUGGGGAACUCUCUUUUGCAUUCCAGAACUGCAAAGGCUUGACUAUGCUUGAUCUUGGAGAAAAUCGAUUCUACGGGAACAUACCCAAAUACAUUGGAAAAGACUUCUUAUCACUAUCAGAACUGCGCAUACGAGCUAACUUGUUCAGUGGAAAUAUUCCUGAACAACUAUGCUCUCUUACUCACCUCCACAUCCUAGACCUCGCUCUUAAUAAUUUAUCAGGAUCCAUUCCAUCAUGCUUGGGAAAAUUGGGUGCUCUGAAUUCAUUGAUAUCAUAUAGCCCAUAUAAACCCUCUAGGAGUGACCUCAACAAUCUUCAGGGAGAGAUCCCAGAACUAAUAACAAAUCUCUCAACCUUGGGUACCUUAAAUUUAUCCCACAACCAACUGACAGGGAAAAUACCAGAGAAGAUUGGAAGCUUACAACAGUUAGAAACACUUGAUCUCUCAUGCAACCACCUUUCAGAUCCAAUUCCUCCAACCAUGUCCUCUAUGACCUCACUAAACUCAUUGAAUUUGUCAUUUAAUAAUUUGUCUGGACCAAUUCCCUCCGUCAACCAGUUCCUAACCUUCAAUGAUCCUUCUAUUUACGAGGGUAACCCAGAACUUUGUGGGCCUCCAUUGUCAACCAAGUGUGAUGCCUAA